AUGGUAAAACCAAGAACAUUCUUUGAUAUUGAAAUCGAUUCUAAACCAAUUGGUAGAAUCGUAUUUGAAUUGUUUAGUGAUGUAACACCAAAGACAGCAGAGAACUUUAGAUGUUUGUGCACAGGCGAGAAGGGUGUUUCUGAUACACUGCAGCUACGGCUGCACUAUAAGGGAUCGACAUUGCAUCGUAUCAUCAAGAACUUUAUGAUUCAGGGUGGUGACUUUCAAAAUAAAAAUGGUACCGGUGGUCAGUCCAUCUACGGCAGUAGAUUCGACGAUGAGAAUUUCAAGUUGAAACACAGCGAACCAUAUCUUCUAUCGAUGGCAAACGCCGGUCCAAACUCAAAUGGUUCACAAUUCUUUAUAACAACAAACGCUGCUUCUCAUUUAGAUGGAAAACAUGUUGUUUUUGGUAGAGUAGUUGAUGGUAAACCUAUUGUAGAUAUCUUAAAUGCUGUGUUGACCGAUCAGAGUGAUAAGCCAUUCGCAGAUGUUAGAAUUUCGCAUUGUGGAGAACUGAUAAGAAAGACUGAUAUUAAGAAGAAGGAGAAGGAGGAGGAAAAGAGUGAGAGUGGCAGUGAGAGUGGUAGUGGCGACAGUGAUACAAGUGACUCGGACGACAAAGAGAAGCGCAUCAAGCGAAAGGAAAAGAAAAAGAGAAAGAAAGCAGAGAAAAAAGCCAGAAAGAAAGAGAAAAGAGAAAAGAGAAAAGAAAGGAAAAAGAGAAAGAAGAGUCAUCAUAGCGAUACGAGUGAUAGUGACAGUAGCGAUAGCGAUAGUGACAACGAUAGAAAGCGUGGUAGAAGUAAGAGUCCGAGAAGAUCGUCGUCGUCAAAGAAAGAUAAGCAUAGAGAUAGCAGUAGUUCACGUUCACGUUCUAGAAGUGGAUCUGUCGACCAAUAUAAAGAUAGAUACAAACCAAUGAAACCGUGGACAAACAAUAACAACAACAACAACAAUAACUAUAAUUCAAACACCAACUCAAACUCUGACGGCAAGCCAGUGGUUAGAGGUAGAGGUGCUGUAAGAUAUUCACAACAACAACAACAACAAUCGAGUUACAAUAAUAGAGAUAGAGAUUAUAAUAGAGAUAGAGAAUAUAAUAGAGAUAGGGAUAGAGAUUAUAACCGAGACAGAGAUUAUAAUAGAGAUAGAGAUUAUAAUAGGGAUAGAGAUAAUAGAUAUAAUAGAAGAGACGACCAUGAUAAUGAUAGAGUGGUUGAGAAAAGAAUAGAUGAUAGUAGAAAGAAAAGAGAUUAUGGUGAUGUGGAUUAUAACGAUGAUAAAAACAUUGAUAAUUUAGUCGGAAGAAAAGAUAUACCAACAACAUCUGGAUCGGUAGAUGAUCAACAUGAGAAGAAAUCAGAAGAUAAUGAUAUCGAUAGAAAAGAUCAACCUUUAAGGGAAUCAUCUAGUGGUGGCAGAUUCGAUAGGAAAAAGAGAAGAACUAGUGAUGAUGAAAAUGAAAGUGAUAGUGAUUACUAG